AUGCAGCCAACUCCUUUUGUAGGGAAUUGCGCAGUGAGUAUUAGUAUUAAUAAAGUGACAUUGUUCAAACCUAAUGGAGCAAAAUACAUUGCUGACGAUGAGUCUACUGAUGAAGGUCACAAUGAAACGACACAUUGGUCGAUCAAUGCCACAAGUAAUGCAUAUGGUGAAGAAGAAAUAUAUUCAAAAGGUAAUCGUGUUAUAUGGUCUUAUCCAGUAUGUGAUGUUCAUUGUCCACCAUUCAUGGAAUUUAUAACUGAUUCUGUUCCAAAACAAUUACUAUGGACAACAUUUGAACAGUGUUCUCUAUCAUGUGAGCACGGUGGGAAAGAAUUUCCUGUUGUAGUUGAGCAUAAUUCGAUAAGUGUCAUUGGUAUGGAUAAUGGAUUGACCAAAGUGACAUUACCAUUAGUGUUAUUGAACGACAAACGUAUUAACAUUUCUUCAAUUGUAAACUUAUUUGUUUAUUUGCCUCGUUUUUAUAGGAACGAUCAUUACCUUCCAAAUUUGUUUACAUUAUCACAUCCAUUAGACGAAGUGAAACCAAUCAUAUCAAGGUUGAACGGUGAAUGGUUUUAUGGAUCGGAUAAGCGUUCGUAUAUAACCAGUGGAUUGGCAGCCGAUGAACAGCUUCUUUUACGUUACGAUGAAGUUAAUCAAAUUCAUAGUUUAUGGUUAUUCCGAAAAUGCACGGCUGAGGAUCGACACCAAGCCACAAACAUGACGUUACCCUUCUUAGAUCAGAGUUGUUUAACAACAGCCACAGCAUCAGCAUUUAAUCCACAAAACACAUCCUUUCUACGUGAAUAUCAUCAUCCGGCUUCUCCAUCCAUACUUAAUGUUAGUCAUUUUUCUCGUCGCGGAAGUCUUCUUAUGAAUACCGGAGGUUCAAAUUUAGUAUCAGGGGCAACUGCAAACAUGGCUGCUGCUGCUGGUCCUACUUUAUAUUCAAAUCCGAAAAGGCUAGCAUCGAUGGCUGCUAUAUGUCGAUCACCAUUAACAGAAACACUACGUGCCAUCUCACGACCUCAAUCACAACUAUAUUCAACGGCUGUUACUCCCACACCGUGUUCUAUCAAUGAUUUUUCAACGUUGACAAUAGGUGGUGGCUACUGUCCAUCGUCUGUGAUUGAUCGUGUGGGUAGAAAUGGCAGCUUUUUAGCUACAUUAACGGCUGAUUGUGAAAAACAUCAAUUGUCAAUGCCUGAUCCACUUAGUCCAGAUUAUUGCAUUGAGUGCAUAUGGUCAGAUUCCUCACUGAAGUCCUCAAUUAAAAACAUUGUUUGUGCAACAAAGUUUUUUAGUUUACGAGAUUUAUCCAAUAAUAGAUGGGUAGCUUACUUAAUGCCCAAUAUAAACCAACUACGGCUAAUUCUUCUUGAAAAGUAUAGUGGAAAUACAACGACUAUACGUGCUGUACAUACAAUAAAUGCGCAUGAUGCUCUUUUUGUUCCAAGUAUCAAAUUUUUAAUUGUUCUUGACCAGAUAGGAAAUAUUCUGCUAUAUUCCGGAACGUCAAGAAUUGCAAAAGUUCUUUUACACGAAGAAACAAUCAUGCCAAAUCAUUAUCAUUUGAAUAUUGCUACAAUGACGCCAUUUCAACAUGUUCGUACAUCAAGUAGACCAAAUAGUUUUCUUCGAACACCACUGAAAUUUCCUCAAUCUCCGGUAAACUCCUCCUCCACUCAUGCAACUCCUUAUUCAACUAAACCCUAUUUCGAUGACAGUUUAAAUGAAUUAAAUCCUAAUAACAUUACUGAAACACCAUCAUCAUCUAUUGCUGUACAAUCAUUGAAUUAUCGUUCAUUAUCCGAUGUACGCGGAAAAUUAUUUAAUAUCUGUUUUCCUGACAAUAAAUAUUAUUCUGUUGAACUACCAAAUAUAUGUCGCACACCAUUAUGUGUAUUGUCAUUGAAAGCUGUGUGUUCAUGUGUGCCUAGCGAAGUAUUCAAUCAAUUUAUAGCCACCUUCUAUUCUAAAAAUAUUAAUCCAUUGUACGAACAUUCACCAAAUGAAUGGUACACAUUUGUCAGCACAUUAUUGUUCUUAAUUGGAUACGAUACAAGAAAAUGCACGUACAUUAAACGAUUACAAGGAAAAAUGUCGUCUCCAACACCUCCGCCAAUUGUCAAAAAGACAAAAAUUGAUACACAUGACAAUGAUGAGGACUGGUUGUUUGCCAUAUCAGAAGCGAAAAGAAUUGAUCCAAAACUGUUAAAGUUAUUGAAAAAAGAAGAUAGUCAACUAUUAAACAAAACAAUUGAAUCAGAAGAUCAUGAUGAUUUAUUUUUUAUGACAAUCAAUAAUCAGGAUGAUGAUAUUUGUGAUGAUGAUGAUAAUUUAUUAAUUGAUGAUGAAGAACAAGAAAAUGAUGAAAAUGAUAAUGAUUUGACAACAAAAGAAUGGUUAGCAAUGGAACAAGAUUAUUCGAAUGAAAAUACAGAUAGAAAUACUUCAAUAAGUAGUAAUAUAUUUUUAAAUAGAAGUAAAAAUAUAACGGCAGCCAUUGCAUCAACACCUGGUGGCGAUAAACAACGAUCCGCUCAUCAAGAGCAAAAAUUAUUUCGUUAUUCAAAUAUUAAUGUCAAUGCACCAUUGUAUACACAUGCUGGAUAUAUCUUUUGUGCAUUACAUAUUGUCUAUGAAGAUCUAUCGUUGAAUCAUACAAAAGAAAUAAUAUCAUUGUUAGAGUUACUUUAUCUGUUGGCCUGUGAUUUUGAUUUAACUGAGUAUCGACAUUAUUAUUUAGCUGAAAACUGGAAAAUUUCUAAACGUGUACGAAAAAGUCAUCAGCUAGCAAUGAAUUCUUGUUCAAUGUAUAUGCCAAAACUUUUUUGCGCUUCACCACCGAGCUAUUUAAAAUGGUUACGUUUAUUAAUCAAGGAUGAUUCGACGUGUAUAUUGCAGCCUUUUCCAUAUAUUCACGAUGUUACGAAUCGAAUUUCAUUAUGUACAAAAAAUUUACCUUUAUGUAUUCAUGCUUUGUUAUAUGAAGCAAUUAGUUAUGUGGCUACUCAUCCAAAAUUUAAUUUAUCACGAAAAGAAUACGAAUUUAUUGGUCGAAAUGAUUUAAUAUAUCAUGAUCCAAAAUUAUUUGAUAAAAAUUUUGAUACAGGUGUCAUUGCAUUACGUAGUCUUGAAUUAAUACGUGUUUAUGGAAAAGAUUUUCAUAAUGAUAAAACUCGUCUCGUUGAAAGUGAGGUUUUGAAAUUACGUUUUCCUGAAGAUCUUCGUGUUCAGACGAUUGUCGAAUGUCUUCAAUCGUCCACACCUAUUUUAAUUGAUAUUCCACAACGACUAAAUGUUACGGAACAAGAAAUUAUGGAAGGAAAUGAACGUUACUUAUACAGUGUUGCACAACGAACAAUGUCACUACCAUUUGGAAGAGGCGCACUUACAUUAGGUACAGUUUAUGCUUCACCACAUGAUGCGUUUGUUAUACCAGAAUUGAAUUUGAAAGGGCGUGUUCCAUCAUCAACCAUCACAGUGAAUAUGUCCCACAUUGAUGUACCACAGAAUAUAACACAUUGGCCAUUGUUUCAUAAUGGUGUUGCAUCAGCAACAGCAAUUAAUCGUCAUGCAUGUGAUAUGGGAAGUAAUUGGAUACGUUCACAAAUAUUGAAAAGCAGUGAUAUUACAAAUGAACAAGCGGGCUUUUUAUACGGUCUUGGUCUCAUAGGACAUUUUAAAGAUUUGCCAAAAUCAUUGAUAUAUUCAUUGUUACAAAAAGCAAAUGAAUUAACAAUGAUGGCAUCACUAUUGGGAAUAUGUGUAUCAAAUUACAAAUCAAUGAGUCUUAGUUUAACGAGUUUAUUAACAAUAUAUAUUAAAAGUAUGUUGCCACAAACAUUAUUUGAAUGGGAAGUACCAUUUGGUGUUCAGAUAUGUGGUAUUAUGGGUCUUGGUUUGUUAUAUGCAAAUAGUGGAGAUCGUUAUAUAUCAGAUAUAUUAUUGGCUGAAAUAGGAAAGCUUCCAGUUAGUACUGGUGAAAAAGAAAUGGUUAUAUUGGAACGAGAAGCUUAUGCAUUCACAUCUGGUUUAGCAUUGGGUACUGUUUUGUUCAAAAAAGGUGUUAAUAAUAUUAAUGCAAAAGAAGAUUUUUUUACAAGUGCAUUAUUAAGUUAUAUAAUUGGAAAAGAGCGUGUUUACUCAUUUGGUAUAUUACGUACACAUAUUCAAGUAGCUGAAUACGGUUCUAUGAAUGCAAAUAUAACGGCAACGGGUGCAAUGAUUUCAAUUGGAUUAAUUUAUUUCAAUACAAAAAACAAAGAUAUUGCAGAAUGGUUUAUGCCAAAUGAUACAAUGCGUUUGAUUGAAUUAAUUCGUCCCGAUCUUUUAUUAUUAAGAGCUGUCGUGUAUAAUUUAAUAACAUGGGAUAAAAUUGAAAGUACAAAUGUUUGGUUUGAUCAACAAAUACCAGAAGCAUUACGUCAAAAUGCAUUUCGUAAUUCAUCAAUAACAAAAAUGAAAACAUCCAUAAAUGCUUAUGAUCCAGAAUCAAUCACACAAGCCUAUUGUUAUUUAGUUUCUGGUCUGUGUUUUAGUUUAGCAUUAAAAUAUGCUGGCACUUGGGAUAAACAAACGACAAAAUUAAUUAGAGAAUAUUAUAAACAAUUUUAUCAGUACAUCGAUCAUUCAUCAGAUCAAGUCGAAAAUGAUUGUUAUCCACCAGAUCGCUCUACAUUAGAAUUCGUAUUAUCUACUUUAGUACUAUCAUUAGCUAUGGUCAUGACUGGUAGUGGUGAUUUACAGUUACUUCAAUUGUUACGAUCACUUCAAGCAAGAGUUGGUUCGGAUUGUGCACAUGUUACAUAUGGUUCACAUUUAUCUGUUAGUAUGGCCAUGGGUUUAUUACUAUUAGGUGGUGGACGCUAUGGUUUACGAAAUGAUGAUGACGCUAUUCCAGUAUUAAUUGCAGCUUUUUAUCCACAUUUUCCUGUGCAUAGUAAUGAUAAUCGUUUUCAUCUACAAAUAUUCCGCCAUUUGUACGUAAUGGUCUGUGAAUCACGUCUAAUGAUAACUAAAGAUGCUUCAAAUCAUCAGAUAUGUUCCGUUAAUGGACGUUUAUGGUUAGAUACAAAAUCAUCUACUCACGGAACAAUUAUAGAAAAUUUUCGAACACCAUAUUUUUUACCGAAUUUCGUUUCAAUAAAAAAGUUAGAAAUUACUGAUCCAUCUUAUUGCCAUAUAUCUUACAAAAACGAUGAUGACAUUAACCGUUUGAAACAGAUAUUAAGCCGUGAUGGUUUGUUUUAUGUACAAAAAAUAAAUUCAUCACAAACAACAACAUCUUCCUUUGUACAGCUAUUAUCCGGUGAACAAGAAACAUUAAGAAAUUGCUCUCAUGGAUUACAGUUGUAUAUGGAAAUUAAUUGUUUGUUAAAUGAUCCGAUAAAUAGUCGUCAUGUCAAAGAAAUGAAUUCGUUAAUUGCAUUCUAUGAUAAGUAUACGAAACAAAAACAUCAAUUAAAAAAAUUAAAAAUGGAACAAGAACAAGAAAUGGAUUCUACCAAUGAUGAUAUUUUAGACGAUUCACUUGUACUAAAAAAUCGAUUUACAAACGUUUUACUAAAAACAAUUGCAAAAACAAAAUCUGAGUUGCUUAAUGCUCUGAAAAAUGAGGAUGAUCCAAGACGAUAUGGUUUAUUACAUCCAAUUCACGAAUGGUUACCAAAUUUAAACGAAGAAAAUCUAACGACACUACUUGGUGCAACUAGUCCAGCUAAAUUACUACGGUGCGCUGUAAAUAUGGGACUUGAUUGUGAAUUAGCACUGCAUUUAUUAAAUUUAACACAAGACCAUUAG